UCAACGUACACCAAAGAUUUCCGAUGUUGGGCACUUACAUGUUCUUAUUUCCAUUUUCUCUUCCGCUCAUGGCAAUGACGUAGCGAGCUCCUUAAGGUAAGAGCAAGCCCACUUCGACUGCCAAGGGAUCUCCAGUGACUCCAGCAGCAGGGAGAAAAGCGCCCGAUCUUAGGCAUUUCGUUUUAUAACGGCAGUGGUAGUUGAGCCCCUCUCUCAACUUCCAGAGAGAUACCUGGGUAACCUGGAGUGUGUGCUCUGGACGCACUUGAGGGCAGAGGAGGAUCCGUAUACUAAUGCAUGCAAGAGAAAUCAACCGUCGGGUGCCAAGCCAUCGAGACAGCCCUGCCCCACCUCCAGGCGAUGCUGCAUGCGGGCAACUUGCAAGUCUGAAUGGAAAUGAGCCAUACUUUCUUUCCCUCUUUCAAGUAAUGGCCUCGAUCAAUGACCUGGCUACGGCCGCUACCGCCCUCGCCACCUCCUCCGCUGCAGCAGCCCCGCACCAACCGCCAGUGCCCGAUCCGGCCCCGCACACCGACGAUCGCGGCGGCAGCACGGGUAUGGAGCAGCCCGCCGUGGCCCGGGGCGCCCUCGUAGUUCUCGAAGGCCUGGACAGAAGCGGCAAGACGACGCAGGUGAAGCUGCUGGAACAGCGCUUCGUCGAGCUGGGGCGCAAGGUGAAGGUGAUGCGCUUCCCGGGUAUGUUGCAUUUUAAAAACCUUACCUAUUACCGCACCACGCCCAUUGGCCAGAUGAUCGACUCGUAUCUCAAGAGCCAGGUCGACAUGGACGAUCACGUCAUCCACCUGCUCUUCAGCGCGAACCGGUGGGAGGCAGCCAAAUCUAUCGCCUCGCUUCUGUCGGCAGGCACCACGGUCCUCUGCGACCGCUACUACCAUAGCGGCAUCGUCUACUCGGCCGCCAAGCAGAACCCGUCCCUGACCCUCUCGUGGGCCCGCGCGCCCGAGGUCGGUCUCCCCCGCCCGGACCUCGUGCUGUUCCUGGACCUGGACGAGUCCGCCGCGCAAGCCCGGGGUGGGUGGGGCGGCGAGGCGUACGAGAGGGCCGAUAUGCAGCGGCGCGUCAGGGAGCUCUUUUGGGGUUUGAGCCUGGGCAAGAUCGAGACGGCGUCGGUUAUUGCGGCAGAGGACGAUGCUGCGGGACCCAGGGAAGAAGUGGCCGUCGGACCGCCAACCACUUCCCAGCCGCGCCUGUCGGGCGUCGAGUAUCGGUUCAGACAGGAGGAAGAGGACCUUCAUGUCAUCGAUGCCAGCCCGUCCGUCGAGGAGGUUGCCGAGGAGGUAUGGAAGGUGGUCAAGGCGAGGGUGGAGGCUGUCGGGAACGGCGAGGUUGGGAGAACGGUGAGGAGAGUCUCAUGAGGGGCAUGUUCGACCGUGUAUCAUAGCGGUGUCAGCGCAGCAAAGCAAGGGGCCAUGAGCGGCAGGGGACGUUGUAUGAUAUGCAGAGGCUUUCAUGGCUGUGUUGGACGGGGAAAAGUCAGGCGUUGAAUAUUUGCGGCGGCUGAACUCGACCGCGGUGACUUAUUGAGCCCAGGUAACUCAGUACCGCUUGCAACUGGUAUACGUCGUACCGUCCCCCCCAUCACUGGACCCAGGAGCCAAAGAGUGUCAAAUGCCGUGUUGAAUGAC